ACAUGUUGAUCAAGAUGGCGGACGAUCCGACGAGUGACUUUCCUGUGCAAGGCAUUCUCCCCAAGCGGGAAACAGGUGCAGAGAGGUUUUUAACCAUGUAUCCAAACUAUGAUGGCAGAGGAGUCCUCGUUGCAAUUUUUGAUACGGGUGUAGACCCAGGGGCGCCCGGAUUGAAGACAACGACUGAUGGAAAACGAAAGAUAGUUGAUCUUAUUGACUGUACUGGCAGCGGAGAUGUUGACACUUCCACAGUCGUCCAAGCGGAAGAGGGAUUCAUUACUGGACUCACUGGAAGAAAAUUAAGGAUUCCAGACGAUUGGAACAAUCCGUCUAGUGAUUAUCACGUUGGAGUAAAAAGCGCUUUUAGUUUAUUCCCAAAACUGCUAAAAGACAGAAUAAAGAAACAAGAGAAAGAGGAAGUAUGGGAUCCAGAACAUCGAACGUUAAUCGCCACUGUUACGGCGACUGUUCCCGCUAAUGUUCCAGGAAAUCAGAAAGAAAAGGAUGAAAAAGAAGAAAGCCUGGCUCGAGUUGAAGUUCUAGAUUUGUUAGAAAAGAAUUAUGAAAGUGUUGGACCUGUAUUUGAUUGUAUUGUUUUUAAUGAUGGGACAAAUUGGCGAGUGUGCAUUGACACAUCAGAAACCGGAGAUUUAGAAAAUUGUCAACUACUCAAACCCUUUCGCGUGUCAGGAGAAUUUGGGACAUUUGGAACAAAAGAUAUGAUGAACUAUUCAGUCAAUGUUUAUGAGAGCGGAAACAUCCUGAGUGUUGUUACUGACUCAGGUUCACAUGGUACCCACGUUGCUUGUAUUGCUGGAGGAUAUUUCCCAGAUAAACCAGAAUGCAAUGGGAUCGCACCUGGAGCUCAGAUUUUAUCCAUAAAAAUUGGGGAUACAAGGCUGGGUUCAAUGGAAACUGCAUCUUCCAUGAUACGAGGACUCAUCGAGGCUGUGAAAAAUAGAUGCGAUUUGAUAAACAUGAGUUAUGGCGAAGCAGCUCAUUGGACUGAUUCUGGCUGUGUGAUAAACCGUAUGAAUGAAAUUGUGGAUAAACAUGGGAUAAUAUUUGUAUCCAGUGCUGGCAACAAUGGUCCAGCCUUAUCCACUGUCAGUGCUCCUGGGGGUGUGGCUUCGUCAGUUAUAGGUGUUGGUGCUUAUGUUUCACCUGACAUGAUGGAAACUGAAUAUUCAUUGCUGCAAAGAAUGCCAGGAAUGCAGUAUACCUGGUCUUCCAGAGGCCCUUCGACUGAUGGGUCUCUUGGAGUAAGCAUAAGUGCCCCUGGAGGAGCAAUUGCAUCUGUACCAAACUGGACACUAAGUGGUUCUCAACUCAUGAAUGGAACAUCAAUGGCAUCUCCUAAUGCUUGUGGAGCAAUUGCAUUGUUGCUGUCUGGGUUAAAACAAAAAACUGUUUCGUACUCACCACACAGCAUAAGAAGGUGUUUGGAAAAUACCGGAUCCUUUGUCAAUGGAAUCGAUCGUUUUACGAUUGGCCACGGAUUAGUGCAAGUAGACAAGGCAUUUGAUUUGGCACUCCUAAAUAGUAAUGUACCAGAUAGAGAACUGAGAUACAAGGUGGAUUGUGGGAAUGGUAGUCGCGGCAUUUAUUUACGUGAAUAUCAUGAAUCAUUGAAAGCAACCAACAGAAGUGUGUCAAUUGAACCAAAGUACAUGGAUCAUGUCGAAAACGAAGUGAGAAUAAGCCUGACCUUACGAAUAAGUUUGGUUAGUACAGCAUCAUGGUUGGUAUGUCCCACAGCAUUGGUUCUUAUGAAUCAAGAACGAUCAUUUACAGUAAAUAUCAACCCAACAGGACUGGCACCUGGUCACUAUUACGCUGAGGUUAAGGGUUAUGAUAGUCAAAGUCUUGAGCGCGAACCAUUAUUUAAAGUUCCAGUUUCUGUCAUUAUCCCGACUAAAAUAGCUGAAGAUAGUCAAGUUGCUUGGACUGGUAAAGAUAUCAGAUUCAAACCUGGUGAUGUACACAGAACGUUCUUUACUGUACCUGCAGGAGCUACCUGGGCAGAACUAACCGUGUCUUCAUCGAGCAGCGAGAAAGGUUCAAAAUUUAAGAUUCAUGCUGUUCAAAUUCUUCCACUAAAAUCUUUCAAAUCUCACAUGUUCAGUCGUUUCAUGGAGCUCAGCGCAAACUCAAAUGUCACUCACAAGUUUGCUGUUCAGUCUGGAGUGACGUUGGAAGUUUGUAUUGCCAACUGGUGGGCCAACAGUCAGGAAUCAGUGAUCAACGCUUCACUGUCCUUUUAUGGACUGGAACCAAGUCUAAAAAAUGUCACAAUGCAUAGUUCUCAAGAGAUCCAACGUAUAGACGUUCGCUGUGCUAUGGCAGCUGCAGAAAUCUCUCCUGUUGUUAAUUUGAAUUCCUAUUGUCAACCUUUGAGGCCCAGUGAAAGUUCAAUCAAUCCGCUCGGGGAACGUGAUGUUUUCCUCAAUGGCAGACAUAUCUAUGAACUUCAACUAUUAUACAACUUUACUUUGAGUAAGUCAGCAGAUGUUUUCAUCAAUGCGUACCUCCUGAGUGAUCUACUCUAUGAAUCAGAAUAUGAAGGUCAAAUGUGGAUGUUGUAUGAUUCAAACAAGAUGCUGGUUGGCGUCGGUGAUGCUUUCUCUGACAGGUACAACGUAAAGUUGGACAAGGGAGAAUUCAUUAUCAAGCUUCAGGUUCGCCACGAAGGCAAAGAAAAGUUAGAACGCCUGAAAAACAUGGAAGUAAUUUUAGAACAAAAGCUUCCAUCGCCAUUAUCUUUGGACAUAUUUGCUAGUCGUUCAUCAGCCAUGAUCGCCAACAGCAAGUUUUCUGCUAAGACGCUAACCCCAGGAGUUCUCAUGCCACUGUUUAUCGGACAUUUACCACAUGAAAAGUAUAUGAAAGGGGUAAAGGCUGGUCAUUAUUUGUCUGGAACUAUCACCUAUCUUAAAUCUACUGAUAAAAAGAAUGUGUCAACCUAUCCAUUUAAAUAUAUUUUCUCGUCAUCGGCGGUGAAAAAAGGCAAUCACGAACGCAAAGAAAGUGCUGGAAGUGACAGAACCACAGACGAUAAUGACCAAGCGUCCGAGGCUAGCAAUGUAUCAAAACAACUAGCAGAUGCUGUGCGCGAUCUUAAAAUUUCGUGGCUGUCAAAGGCUCAAGAUUCUAGUUUAUAUGAAGAAUUGAAACAAGCCCACCCUGAACACAUGGCACUUGAUUUGGCGCAACUGAAAGUGUUGGAUGAGAGCAAGGACAGAGAGCUGAAGCUGGACGACAUUGUCACCCUGGCGGAUGCCAUUAUCAAGGAGAUUGGAGAAAGAGACUUGCUUAGUUACUAUGGUAUGAAACAUGAUCCUGAACCAGACGCUGUCAAUAAGAGAAAAGAAAUGGACAAAAUCAAGGCGAUACUGGUUGAAGCGUUAAUCAGACAGGGGAAAGCAUUGGCAUCAAUUGUGGAAAAACAGGAGGAAGCUGGUCCAAUUAUUGGAGGCGAUGACUCAGAUGCUGACGCAGAAGGUGUUCUCUUACAGCUGCAGAAGAAAGAAUUAUUGAAGAAAACUUUUACAAAUCUGCUCAAGUGGAUUGAAAUAACAGAUACAAAGGCCUCAUCCUUCGUUAUACCGUAUUAUCUUGUGAUGGAAUUCUAUGGUCGAGCUUUGAGACGUCUCUUGAAAGAAGGAGAAGAAAAAACAAUGAAUUUGGAACAAUUUGAAAAAAUAAUUGAGUUAUUCGAUCUUCUUGGCUGGGAGCACUGCAGCAAACACUUCAAAAACUUGAAAUUGGUCCGGUAUCCGAAGAAUUACCAACCUUUCUAAACUUUACUCGUGAACUUUGAGUCUAAUUAAUCUUAUACAUCAAGUUUGUAAAAUAGAUUUCACCAUAGCUAAAGUAAGAUAGUUGCAUUUCACACACUUAAGUAAUUAUUAUAAUAUUUUACAUUUUAUUUAAUUAAUAUAUUAACAUACAAUGCUGUAAAUAUUUGCUAAUAUACUUAUAUUAUAGUCUAAAGAUUUCAAGAACGCGAUAUAGGGAGUAUAAAAGAGAAUGGACGAACAGUCUGGUCCCAAAACCGAUAGUGUGUCCAAAAAUUCAUCCUGAAUAGCUUUACACAAAUUUCUCAGCUUUCAUAAAACACACCUUGUAAAGUGUAUCAUCACUUUCUAGCAUUUGCCAUUUCUAUUAAAGUCAUUAAAUUGUGAAU